CAUCCAUAUGACUCCAUCACCAGUUCCCUCUGCAAAUAUUAUUAUUAUUAUAUUAUAAUAAUAGUAAUAUGCUUUUAUUUCUUUAUUUUAUUCAAUGGAUCAAAAUCGAGAGUUGAUUGUUCCAAGACGCAGCAGCGAAAGCAUUUCUUCAUCUCUCUCCGUUUCAACUGCAAGUGGGUAAUGGAUUCAUAAACCUUGUUCACACUGCAUCCAUGGCUUCGGAGAAGAUAUGCUGGAUUCUUCUAUCUUGUGCUGUAAUUCUUCUUCUCCAUCAUGCUCCUUCCGUCAUGGCUGGGGACAUAGUUCAUGACGAUGAUUCAACUCCCAAGAAGCCAGGUUGCGAGAACCAGUUCGUUUUGGUAAAAGUGCAAACUUGGGUCAAUGGUGAAGAGGAUGCUGAAUUUGUUGGUGUGGGUGCCAGAUUUGGCAGAACCAUUGUGUCUAAAGAGAAAAAUGCUCGGCACACGCGCCUUGUUCUUUCAGAUCCACGGGAUUGUUGCGGUCCACCAAGGAAUAAGAUUGUGGGAGAUGUCAUCAUGGUGGAUCGAGGCAACUGUACAUUCACAAAAAAGGCUAAUACUGCACAGGAUGCUAAUGCUUCAGCUAUUCUCAUCAUAAAUAACCAAAAAGAACUUUACAAGAUGGUUUGUGAUCCUGAUGAAACUGAUUUAAACAUACACAUACCUGCUGUCAUGCUACCACUAGAUGCAGGUACAAGGCUGGAAAAAAUGUUGACGACUACUUCAUCUGUGUCUGUACAGCUAUACUCACCGCUUAGACCUGCUGUUGACAUAGCAGAAGUAUUUCUUUGGCUGAUGGCAGUUCUUACCAUAUUGUGUGCAUCAUAUUGGUCAGCAUGGAGGGCCCGAGAAGCAGCUAUUGAACAGGAUAAGCUAUUAAAGGAUGCUUCAGAUGAAAUUCCAAACAUUACAGCUUCGGGUGUUAGUGGAGUUGUAAAUAUGAGUGCGAAAGCUGCAGUCCUUUUUGUUGUACUUGCUUCAUGUUUCCUGUUUAUGCUUUACAAACUGAUGUCAUCCUGGUUCAUUGAGGUUUUGGUUGUUCUCUUCUGUAUUGGUGGGAUUGAGGGCUUGCAAACUUGCUUGGUUGCUCUGUUGUCUAGAUGGUUCAAGAAUGCUGGAGAGUCAUACAUUAAACUACCUUGCUUAGGAGCUAUCUCAUACCUGACUUUGGCUGUUUCUCCAUUCUGCAUUACAUUUGCUGUUCUCUGGGCAGUUUAUCGCAGUGAAUCCUAUGCCUGGAUUGGUCAAGAUAUACUUGGUAUUGCACUGAUAAUCACAGUUCUACAGAUUGUACAUGUACCUAAUCUUAAGGUUGGUACAGUUCUCCUCAGCUGUGCAUUCAUUUACGACCUCUUUUGGGUGUUUGUCUCAACUAAGUUCUUCAAUGAAAGCGUCAUGAUUGUGGUAGCCCGAGGUGAUCGAAGUGGAGAAGAUGGAAUUCCUAUGUUACUGAAGUUCCCACGCAUUUUUGAUCCAUGGGGUGGUUACAGCAUUAUAGGCUUUGGAGACAUCCUUUUACCCGGAAUGCUGGUGGCAUUCUCACUCAGGUACGAUUGGCUGGCAAAUAAGAACCUUGUCAGAGGAUACUUCUUGUGGGCAAUGUUUGCUUACGGCUUUGGUCUUCUAAUUACGUACGUGGCACUAAACUUAAUGGAUGGGCACGGCCAACCGGCACUACUAUACAUCGUUCCAUUUACACUUGGGACCUUGAUGACAUUGGGACGGAAGAGAGGAGAUUUGAGGGAAUUGUGGACAAGAGGAGAACCUGAAAGACCCUGCCCACAUAUCAGACUCCAACAUAGUGGAGAAUUAAGCCCUCAAUGAUAUUUAUUGUAAUUGUAAUUGUAAUUUGCACCUGUUGUUAUAUAUUUGGUGUAUGUAAUGCAUGCCUUAUAUUCGGGAAUUGGGACCAAAACCAACCUCACUGAGGCUUAGCAUCAUAAUUUUAUGUAACCUAUCCCCCUUUAAACAAAGCAGGGGGCUCACAUCUAUAGAAAUAGUCUAAAUUUAAUGUAGUUAGUUCAGAAAGUUCUUACAUCAUAUAAAUCUCUAAUUAUUCACUGUCAUACUCUCCAUGAUUGUAAAAUCUGCUUU